AUGUCUCGCUAUUUCCCACACACGCCCUACGCCGAAGACCAGCCUCUUCCUCACGUCAUCCUCAUCACUCACGUCCUCACUCGCGCCGUCACCACAGGCUCCAUCAUCGGCCUCGCCAUCACCGGCAUCCGCCAGUCCGUCCCAAAAUGGCGGCAUCCCGGACCUCUCCCGGAGAGACUUUUGCUUUCAGUCUCGCGAAACACAGUCAUCACCACGGCUCUUGUAGGCGGCAUAGGCAUCCCGGCGCGGAUGUGGGGCCGAGAGCUCAUUGAAUGGCAAGAUCGGAGCUGGAGGCUGCUGGAGAAUCGGGGCCAGCUCGAGACAGACGAUUGGACUUAUGCUGGGAUGGGAGCUGCGUUGCUGGCCACUGGAUUGAUAAGAGUCAGAGGAGCUGGAGGGCCAGCUAAGCUGGGAUGGCAUGGGGUGGUGGGAGCUGCGGGUCUAGGCAGCGUGGGAGGCAUGAUUGGAUAUAUGGCGUGGAGAUAUGGUAUCAAUGGAGGCAAGUUUGUUGAAAAGGAUAAAAAGGGAGAGAAGAGUAUUUGA